AUGAGCAUCUUUCAUUCCGAUCCUAUCCUAGUUCAUCUCCGAGAGGAAGCCAUUAAUCGGGAUGAAUGGGCCUCAACUAGGUUCUUUUCGCGAUACUUCGCUCGACAUAUCUUCUCCGAGAUUGAGUGGAUUCACGGCACCGAGGUGCCUCCUCGAGAGCACCAUUCUCAGUUGCGGAUGGAUAUUGCUGUCCAACACUAUUCGACUGGCCAGAGAACGUUGAUGUUUCGGUUGAUUGGGCAGGCAAAGAAAGGACGCGCUACUCCAGCGAAAAUCGUCGAGGUCGAAACUCAGGCCUACCAAUUAUGCCAAGCGUACAUGAUCGACAAGAGUAUACGAUCAGUCUGGGCAAUAACCUACUUUGGUUCCAAGGCUCGUUUGUGGGCAUGUGAGCUCAAAGGUUCUGGCUGGCUGGAUCCAUUUUAUCCUCUCGAGGGGACAUGGCAAAGAGAUGCCUAUAGGGACAUCCUUGAGUUCGAAACCGAGUUUCUCUGGGCAUUUCAGAAGAUCAAGGCCAUUGCUGUACCAGACCCCGAAAGCUUCGACGAUAUCUAUGCCGAGGAAGGGAACACCACAGUCACACAAACCCUUGCUGGCUCAUCCUACAAUCAAUCUUCCACUCAGGCCUACCAUCUCGAUGGAUCUUCAGCGCAGUCCUAUGAUGCAUCCAUGGACGUCGAUACGGAGCCGACUUCCGCGUUCACUCGCACAGUCAACGGAAGUGAAUAUAGUUCCGUGCAAAUUUCCAAGGUCGCAGACGGUUGGACUACUCUUAGGCUCAAAAACGGCAGCAAAGUAUCUGUUCGCUGCAGCAAGUGGGACAAGGCAAUUAUCAUCAACAGAGAUGGCAGCCGGAACACGGGCUUUAUCGCGGAAACAACGAAUAACAAGUACCGAACAUGGGAUGACCCGACCGGCAAGGGCAGGGAAAAGCCACGGAUUAGUUCAUUAGUUUCCAAUGACAUGCUCUAG